UCAUCGUGUCCGGACGCUUUCCGGAAGUGUGCCGUUGAUGAGCGGUGUUUUAUCUUGUAAAAGAAAUUGUGUUUUUGAUAUUUGUAUGGUGUUUUUUUAAUGAGUUUUUAGUGAUUCGUGCCCGUUUUGCAUGGUGAAAUAAGCACGCCAAUGAAACCCAGCACGGAUCGCAGGGCGUCGGCCCCGGUUCGCAAGCGCACGCAAGAUGGCACAAUGGCUGCACGUGCUGCCGGCGGCAGUUCGGAAGCAGCCGGACCCUCGGGCCUGCUGCGGAUCAAUCGCCGUGCCCAUCCGGAACACAACACGAAACAGAUCUGGCGCGAAUUGAACAUGCCGACGGAUUGCGAUUUUCUUGGCCCGAACGUGUUCAGCCUGCCGGAGAAGCUGUUGCGCCACAGUACGAAGAUGCGUCCGUCCCCGUUGGCACGGCCCAAACCGGACCGGAAUGCGGAUAAAAAGAAGAUUCGCUCCUACACCGCACUGCGCAAAGAUCGCGAAGACUUCCGCCGACGGCUGGUGCGGCUGAUCGUGCGCAAGGAGCACGAGCGGGACGAUCCGGAAAACACGUUCCCGAACGUGGAGGAGCGGGAAAUGCUGCGGUACUAUCACUACAUCCGGCAUGGCAUUGAUACGGUGCAUGUGUCGCCGAUCGAUAAGCGUGUGCUGCAGCGCAUUCUGCGCCUCAUACCGAAGAAUUUGACCCGCUGGAAGCAGCCGCUGCGCGAUAUUAUCGGUGAGAUUAAGGAAGACUACUCGUUUGCCGUGCGCAAGGCGGUGGUAGACUUUGUGCUGGGCGACGCAAUGACCAAGUACGCACGGAAGGAAGAGAUCACGCCGGGCCGGUUGGAAAUUAAGGAGCUGCGGUUGAAGUGGAAACACCGGUACGAUGAAAAUCAGGCCAAGAUUAAGCGGAAUCUGUUCUCGAUCAACGCGUGCUCGGAGCAGAUCCUUGAGCUGUGGGAUACGACCUUCAAGAAGAUGCUGCUGGUAAACGUGCAGGAACUGGUGGCGAAAGGGGAAGCGUACGAUUUGACCGAGUUUACGUCCACGGUGAACCAACAAAUUGAAGAAACGAGACUAACGCUAUCGGAAAAAUGGUACGGUGCAAUCAAGACGAUCUUUCAGAAAGGCAUCAAGAAGAAGCUCAUCCCGGAUGAUUCGAAGCCGAAGAUGUUGAAGAAGUUCUUCAACUCUUUAGCGACGCUGAUGACGAGACAGCUGCAAAACCUGUGCAUUAGUAGCAUUGAAUCGUACACGCACUACAUCUGUGAUGUUGGGCGCUCAAACCAAGGAUUUCGGCUGACGAUUCUGUUGGAAAAUCAAGACACGCUCUCGUUCAUACCGAGCUUUCCGAGGUUUCAGAUUGAGAUAUUGAAGAUUAUCGAUAACAUUGUAAAAUCAGUUAAAAGUUUCCAGCGGAUCGAACGGCAAAUCUAUCCCGAUCUACCUUGUCCGCAUGAAACGCUGAGGCCUGAAAUUCCGCCGGAAGUGAUUAACGUUUGCAAGGAGAAAAUCCACGAUGUGCUCGAGGAGCAACGCAUCGGGCCGGAGCUGCGCAUGCAGGACUUUGACAACUACAUGACGCUGAUGAACGGGUCCGACAUCGACGACAUCGAGCGGUUCAUGGCGAAGCGGCCCAGCUUCGAGGAGUACUGCACGUACAUACAGCGCUACAAAAAGAUGGAAAAUGAGGUGGCGCGCGAAAUCUACGGCGUGGUGUCGAUGGGUUUCUACGAGUUUCAUCGCGAGGGGCUGAUCGACACGCUCGAGGGUUCGGCGAAGUACAUGCAGGACGCACUGAUCGAGCAGAUGACGAAAGAUCAGCAGAACGGGGCGCAGCAGCUGGCGGUCGAGUAUGAGGCGAUUUCGACGAAGGUCAUCACCAUCCCGAAGGAUACGGUGGAGCUGAUGACGUUGAAGGCGUACGCGAUACGGAUGGAGGAGACGACGAUACCGGAGAUGGAGGAGCGGCUGAAGAAGAAUCUGCACCAUCUGCUGUACCUGACGGACUAUACGAUCUUUACGCCGCUGCAGAUCAAGCAGAACAACAACACGUUCCAGUGGUACAUGAAGAUGCCGACCAUCUUCCAGGACCACAAGAACAUCAUCGCGGAGAAGGUGAUUGAGUAUCAGGACGCGCUGAAGCGCCGCAUCGAGAGCUUCCGGCGCGACCUGGAGCUGUUCUGGCAGCAGGUGAAGGAGUACGACUCGUGGGGUGACAUUAAGAAUCUGCAGAAGUACAAGAAGAAGGCGACGGCACUGGACAACAAGCUGGUGGCGGCGAUGGAAAAGAUUGACCACAUCAAUGAGGAGGAGACGGCGUACGGGUGGGAGCUGUCCCAGUACCCGAUCCGCAAGCAGUGCCACGAUAAGCUGGCCCCGUACAAGCAGCUGUACGAUGCGGGGCAGGAGUUUAUGGACAAGCACGAUCUGUGGAUGCACUCGCAGGUGGGAAUGCACGAUCCGGAGCAGAUCGACGAUACGGUCGGGUUGCUCUACCGGACGGUGUACAAGCUGGAGAAGCAUUUUUCCGAUUCGUAUCAAACGCAACGCUUGGCGCAUGAUAUCAAGACCCGAAUCGAUCAGUUCAAGACACACUUGCCGAUUGUGCAGACGCUGGGCAACCCUGGUAUGAAGGAACGGCACUGGGAACAGGUGUCGGAAAUCAUUGGAUUCCCUAUACGCAUUUCGGCCGAGCUGACGCUGGAGCGUGUGAUCGAUUAUGGACUGGAUGACUACAUCCAGCGAUUUGAAACCAUCUCGGAGAGUGCGACCAAGGAGAACAACCUAGAGAAGGCAAUGAUCAAGAUGGUAAACGAGUGGAGUGAUAUGUCGUUCGUGGUGCUGCCGUACCGAGACACGGGCACCUACAUCCUGGCGGCGAUCGAUGACAUCCAGGUGCUGCUGGACGAUCACAUCAUCAAGACGCAGACGAUGAAGAGUUCGCUGUACAUUAAGCCGUUCGAAAAAGAUAUCAUCGCCUGGGAGAAGAAGCUGAUGCUGCUGCAGGACAUACUGGAUGAUUGGCUGAAGGUGCAGGCGACCUGGAUGUACCUGGAGCCGAUCUUUUCGAGCCCGGACAUACAGUCGCAGAUGCCGGAAGAGGGUCGCCGGUUCAGUGCGGUCGACAAGAUCUGGAAGGAUCUGAUGAAGUCGGUGCAGGCCGACACGAAGGUUUUGGUGGUGCUGGAAAUAGACAAAAUGUCGGAGAAGCUGAAGAAAUCGUACGGCCUGCUGGAGGUGAUCCAGAAGGGGCUGAACGAGUAUCUGGAGAAGAAGCGGCUUUACUUUCCCCGCUUCUUCUUCCUGUCGAACGACGAGCUGCUGGAGAUUCUGUCCGAAACGAAGGAUCCGACCCGCGUCCAGCCGCACCUGAAGAAGUGUUUCGAGGGCAUUGCGUCGCUUAACUUUACCGAAGCGCUCGACAUUACGAUGAUGCGCUCGAGCGAGGGCGAAGAGGUGGACCUGGUGGAGGAGGUGUCCACCAGCAAGGCGAAGGGCCAGGUGGAGAAGUGGCUGCUCGAUUUGGAGCACUCGAUGAAAAAGAGCAUCCACCUGAAGGUGGGCAAAUCGUACGAGGCGUACACGGAGACGGAACGCCACAAGUGGGUGCUGAUGUGGCCGGGCCAGUGCAUCCAGUGCAUUUCGUGCGCGUUCUGGACGCUCGAGACUACGAUGUGCUUUGAUAGUGAAGAUCCGCUGGCCGCGCUGGAAGAGUAUCUGGAGACGUGCAAGGUGCAGAUCUCGUUCAUAGUGGAUUUGGUGCGCGGAAAGCUGGCGAUGCAGAAUCGGCUUACGCUGGGCGCACUGGUUGUGCUGGAUGUGCACGCGCGCGACGUACUGCUGGACAUGAUCGAGCAGAAGACGACCCAAGUGGACGAUUUCAACUGGUUGGCCCAGUUCCGGUACUACUUUGAGGAGCAGAACCUGGCGACCCGCAUGAUCAACUCCACGCUGAUGUACGGGUAUGAGUAUUUGGGCAAUACGGCGCGGCUGGUGAUAACACCGCUGACCGAUCGCUGCUUCCGGACGCUGUUCGGCGCGCUGCAUCUCCAUCUGGGCGGAGCCCCCGAAGGUCCAGCCGGGACGGGCAAGACGGAGACGACCAAAGAUUUGGCGAAAGCCGUCGCGAAGCAGUGUGUAGUGUUCAACUGCUCCGAUGGGUUGGACUACAUCGCGCUGGGCAAGUUUUUCAAGGGCCUCGCGUCCUGCGGCGCCUGGUCGUGCUUUGACGAGUUUAAUCGCAUCGAUCUGGAGGUGCUGUCGGUGGUGGCACAGCAAAUUUUAACCAUCCAGCGGGGCAUCAACUCCGGCUCGCCGACGAUGGUGUUCGAGGGCACGACGCUCAAUCUCGACCCGAGCUGUGCCGUGUUUAUCACGAUGAACCCGGGCUAUGCGGGCCGUUCGGAGCUGCCGGACAAUUUGAAGGCACUGUUCCGGUCGGUCGCAAUGAUGGUGCCGGACUAUGUGCUCAUCUCGGAGAUUGAGCUGUACGCGUACGGGUUUUUGAACGCGAAGCCGCUCGCGGUGAAGAUCGUCGCCACGUAUCGGCUCUGCUCGGAGCAGCUGAGCUCGCAGCCCCACUACGACUACGGAAUGCGGGCGGUCAAAUCGGUACUGAAGGCGGCCGGCGCACUGAAGCUCCGCUACCCGGACGAAUCGGAAGACAUAUUGGUGCUGCGGUCCAUUAAGGAUGUAAAUUUGGCGAAAUUCCUCAACCAAGAUGUGCCACUGUUCCAGGGCAUCAUCUCGGACCUGUUUCCGGGCGUGGUGCUGCCGAAGCCGGACUACGCAGUGUUCGAUGCCGCGGUGGAGAAGGCGUGCGAGAAGAACAACAAGCAGUUCACGCCCUUCUUCCUGGAGAAGGUGCAGCAGCUGUACGAGAUGAUUGUAGUGCGACACGGGCUGAUGAUCGUGGGACCACCGCUGGGCGGCAAAACGACCGCGUACCGCGUGCUGGCGGAAGCGCUGGCUACGAUUGAGGAGCUGGGCGAGAUGGGCGAGCAUCGGGCACAGUACACGGUGAUGAACCCGAAGGCGAUUACGAUGGGCCAGCUGUACGGACAGUUCGAUCCGGUGUCGCACGAGUGGAGCGAUGGCAUACUGGCGGUAAGCUAUCGGCACUAUGCGCAGAGCACGAGCACGGAUCGCAAGUGGCUAAUAUUCGAUGGGCCGGUCGACGCGAUCUGGAUCGAGAACAUGAACACGGUGCUGGACGACAACAAGAAGCUGUGCCUGAUGUCGGGCGAAAUCAUACAGCUGUCGUCGACGACGAACCUCAUCUUCGAGGUGAUGGAUCUGGAUGCCGCCUCGCCGGCCACGGUGUCGCGCUGCGGCAUGAUCUACAUGGAGCCCAGCUCGCUGGGCUGGGAGCCGGUGCUGGAGUCGUGGAAGAACACGCUCCCGCCGGCCCUCCACUCGAUGAACAAGCAGGUGAUCACGCAGAUGUUUCACCGCUUCUGCCCGAUGCUGCUGUGGUUCGUGCGCCGGGGCGGCGGACUGCGCGAGAUGAUGCCGACCAGCGACUCGAACCUGGUGCUGUCGGUGAUGCAUCUGUUCGACUGCUUCAUGGACGACUACCGGAACGAGGCGUACAUGAAGGCGGUGUCGGAGGUGGACGUGCGGGCGCAGCUCGAGGGGGUGUUCUUCUUUUCCUGCAUUUGGGCUAUUGGCGGGCCGCUCGAAACCGACAGCCGGGGCAAGUUUAGCGAGCUCUUCCGCGCACUGACGGAGAAAGUGUUUCCGCCCGAGCUGAACGAGAAGUUCCGCAUACCGGAGCAUCUGCAGGUGCAGCCGCUCUCGAAGCCAUUCAUCUUCCAGAUCCCGAAGGGCGGCACCGUCUUCGACUACCGCUUCACCAAGGAGGGCAAGGGCAAGUGGCGCCCGUGGGCCGAGGAGAUCGGCCAGAGCACCAGCAUCCAGCGGGACGUGCCGGUGAAUCAGGUGAUCGUGCCGACGAUCGAAACGAUACGCAUCGGUGCACUGCUGGAGCUGCUGGUGCAGCACGGCAAGUGUUUGCUGCUGGUGGGACCCACCGGCACCGGGAAGAGCGUCUACACGAUCGACUUUCUGCUGAAGCGCAACGAUACGAACGUGUUUAAGCCGCUGCUGAUAAGCUUCUCGGCGCAGACGACCGCCAACCAGGUGCAGGACAUCAUCAUGUCGAAGCUGGACAAGCGGCGCAAGGGUGUGUUCGGGCCGCCGCUCGGCAAGAAGUGCGUCGUGUUCAUCGACGACGUGUCGAUGCCGCUGAAGGAAACGUACGGUGCGCAGCCACCGAUCGAGAUAGUGCGCAUGUGGCUGGAUCAUUGUUUGUGGUAUGACCGGAAGGACGUGACGGCGAUGAAGCUGGUCGAUCUGCAGCUGAUGUGCGCGAUGGGACCGCCGAGCACGGGCAACACGGUCUCGCCCCGGUUCUCGCAGCACUUCAACGCGAUCGCGCUGGACGAGUUCGACGAUCAGACGCUGAUCGGCAUCUUCAGCAAGAUCGUGCUGUGGCAUCUAGAUACGCGGGGCUUCUCGAAAGAGUUUGACCCGUGCAUCGAUGAGAUCGUACUGUCGACGCUUCAGAUUUAUCGCCAGGCGCGUGCCAUCCUGCUGCCGACGCCGGCCAAAUGCCACUAUCUCUUCAAUCUGCGCGACUUUUCGCGCGUCAUCCAGGGUGUGCUGCUGUCCGUGCCGGAGGGCACGGAAACGCUCAACAGCAUGCGGCGGUUGUGGGCGCACGAGAUACUGCGUGUGUACGGCGAUCGGCUGGUAGACGACAGCGACCGCGAGUGGCUGUUCGAGGAGCUGUGCACCGUGAUACGCGAGUACAUGAAGGAGGAUCCGAAGGAUCUGUUCGAUCGGUUUGUGGAAGGGAACGAGCUGACGGAAACGUCGCUGCGAGCGCUGAUGUUCUGUGACUUCACAAACCCGAAGGCAGACACGAAGCUGUACCUGGAGGUGAUGGAUAUUGAGGAGCUGAGCUUUGUGGUCGAGUCGUACCUGGUGGAGUACAACAACAUGUCGAAGAAGCCGAUGUCGCUGGUACUGUUCCGGUUUGCGAUCGAGCAUCUGUCCCGGAUCUGUCGCAUUAUUAAGCAGCCGCGCAGCCAUGCGCUGCUGGUUGGGGUCGGGGGGUCCGGUCGACAGUCGCUGGCCCGCAUUGCAUCCCAUAUAUGUUCGUACGAGCUCUACCAGGUUGAGAUAUCACGCCAGUACGGCAUGACGGAGUGGCGUGAGGAUAUGAAGAACCUGCUGAAGAAAGUGUGCGGCUCCGAUCAGCACAUCUGCUUCCUGUUCACAGACACGCAGAUCAAGGAGGAAGGAUUUCUGGAGGACAUUAACAACCUGCUCAACUCGGGAGAAAUUCCCAAUCUCUUCACUAACGAGGAAAAAUCGGAAAUUAUCGAGAAGAUGCGGCAGAUGGAUCGUCAGAAGGAGAAGAGUCAGCAGACGGAUGGUAGUUUGGUGGCUCUGUUCAAUCUGUUUGUUACUAUCAUACGAGAUCAGCUGCAUAUCGUGCUGUCAAUGUCACCGAUCGGUGAUGCCUUCAGGAACAGGGUUCGCAAGUUUCCCUCGGUCGUGAACUGCUGUACGAUCGACUGGUUCCAACCGUGGCCUAAAGAUGCACUAACAGCGGUCGCAACCAAGUUUUUGUCCACGGUGGAGAUGACCGACAUGGAGCGUCAGUGUUGUAUCGAUAUGUGCAUGGAGUUCCACACCACCACCCAGCAGCUGUCGGAUGAGUUCCUGUUGCGACUGAAACGCUACAACUACGUCACACCGACCUCGUAUCUGGAGAUGAUCCACACUUUCAAGACACUGCUCGACAAGAAGCGCACCGAGGUGCUGACGGGGAAAAAUCGUUACCUGACCGGGUUGAAGCAGCUGGAGAUUGCGGCCCAACAGAUCGGUGUAAUGCAGGAGCAGCUCGAGGCAGUACAGCCGCAGAUGAAGAUCGCCGCCGAAACCGUUGCCCAUCAGAUGGCCAAAGUGCAGGCCGAUAGUGAGGUAGCGGCCGAGCAGAAGCAGAUGGUGGAAAAGGAUGAAGCGGCCGCCCAAGAGCAGGCGGCAGCAGCGAACGCUAUCAAGGAGGUGUGCGAUGCGAAGCUGGCAGAUGCAAUGCCCAUUUUGGAUGCGGCCAUGGAGGCACUGAACACACUCACGCCCGCUGACAUUACGAUUGUAAAGACGAUGAAAAGUCCUCCGAUUGGGGUGAAGGUGGUGAUGGAGGCGGUUUGCAUCCUGAAGGAUCUAAAGCCGGAUCGGGUGCAGAACCCAUCUGGGAUGGGCAUGGUCGAGGACUACUGGGGUCCAUCGAAGCGUGUACUGGGGGAUAUUAAAUUCAUGGACGGGUUGCUUAACUUCGACAAGGACGACAUCCCGCCGAAGGUGAUACAGAAGCUGGAGGAGCGCGUCUUCACGAACGAAAACUUCGACCCGGAGAAGGUGAAGGCGGCAUCGACGGCAGCGGAAGGGUUGUGCAAGUGGGUGAUAGCAAUCGCAAAAUACGACAAGGUGGCGAAGGAGAUUGCACCGAAAAAGGCGGCUCUUGCGGAAGCACAGGCCAGCUACAAUUCUGCAAUGACGAUACUGAACGCAAAGCUGGAGCAACUGCGCAUUGUCGAAGAAAACCUUGCCGAUCUUCAGCGCAAGCUAGACGAACAGAUUGCUCAGCACGCGAAGCUGCAGGCGAAUGUGGAGCUGUGCAUGAAGAAGCUCGAGCGUGCAACGGAGAUUAUUACCGGGCUGGGCGGUGAGAAGGAUCGAUGGCAAACGGCUGCCGACACGCUGGCCCUGAUCUACGACACACUGACGGGGGAUGUCCUGAUUGCGUCAGGGAUCGUUGCGUACCUCGGACCGUUCACGAUGCAGUUUCGGGCACAGCAAAUCGCCCAGUGGAUCGAACGGUGUACGGAUCGUGGGAUUAUCUGUUCACCCGACUUCCAACUCGUCAACGUGCUGGGCAAUCCGGUGGACAUUCGGGCGUGGAACAUCUUCGGACUGCCGAGUGAUGCGUUUUCCGUCGAAAGUGCCAUCAUAAUUCACAACGCUCGUCGCUGGCCACUAAUGAUCGAUCCCCAGGGGCAAGCAAACAAGUGGGUACGCAACAUGGAGAAAGCCAACCGCAUUUGCAUCAUCCGCCUGACGCAGCCCGACUAUACGCGUGUCCUCGAGAACGCCAUCCAGUUCGGGCUGCCCGUGCUGCUAGAAAACGCCGGCGAAGAGAUCGAACCCAUGCUGGAGCCGAUACUGCUCAAGCAGAUCUUCCGCCAGGGCGGCACCAUGUGUAUCAAGCUCGGUGAUUCCAUCAUCGAGUACAACGAUUCGUUCAAGUUUUACAUCACCACGAAACUGCGCAGCCCUCACUAUCUGCCCGAAAUUGCGGUCAAGGUGACGCUGCUCAACUUUAUGAUCACCCAAACGGGGCUGCAGGAUCAGCUCCUCUCCAUAACGGUAGCGCGCGAGCGGCCCGACCUGGAGACGGAGAAAAACUCGCUGAUCGUGCAGGGGGCGGAGAACAAGCGGCAGCUGCAGGAGAUCGAGGACAAGAUCCUGCAGGUGCUGUCGUCCGAGGGGAACAUCCUCGAGGACGAGACGGCCGUGUCGGUCCUAAGCUCGUCGAAAACGCUGGCGAACGAGAUCAACGAGAAGCAAAUCAUUGCCGAGGUGACCGAGCGUCAGAUCGAUGUGGCCCGGCUGCAGUACACACCGAUCGCGGCCCACUCGACGGUGCUGUUCUUCACGAUCGCGGACCUGGCCUGCAUCGAUCCGAUGUAUCAGUACAGCCUGUCCUGGUUCGUGAACCUGUUCACCGCGGCUAUCGACAAUACCGAGAAGGUGGACGAGGUCCCAGCACGGUUGGAGGACCUUAGGACCUACUUCACGUACAGUCUGUACGAGAACAUCUGCCGGAGUUUGUUCGAGAAGGAUAAGAUACUGUUUUCGCUACUGCUCGCUACCAAUUUGCAGCAGGACGCUGGGCAGCUUGGGGCGGCUGAGCUGAUGUUUCUGCUUACGGGGGGUGUUGGGUUGGACAAUCCGGAUCCGAAUCCGGCUGGGGGAUGGUUGCCGGACAAGAAUUGGGACGAGCUGUGCCGGUUGACGGUGUCGUUCGAGGCGUUUGGGGCGCUGAAAGAGCAUGUGGUGAAGAAUUUGGGUAGCUGGAAGCAGUACUUUGAUGAUUAUACGCCUCAUGAAGCGCCCAUUCCGGAACCGUGGAACACGAAAUUGACGCCGUUUCAGAAGUUGCUGGUACUGCGGUGUUUCCGGGCGGAUAAGCUCGUUCCAGCGAUUGAGCUGUACGUGGCGAAAACGAUGGAACCAAAGUACGUCGAACCUCCGGCCUUCAACUUGGGUGCAUCGUACGACGAAUCCAACUGCUGCGUGCCGCUCAUCUUCGUGCUAACACCCGGCACCGACCCCACCGCAACACUGAUCAAGUUUGCCGACUCGCAAGGACUCGGCGCAAACCGCCUCUUCUCCCUAUCGCUCGGCCAAGGUCAGGGCCCGAUCGCGACCAAAAUGAUCGAUGAGGGCACCAAGUUCGGUAACUGGGUUCUGCUGCAAAACUGCCACCUGGCCCAGAGCUGGAUGCCGACGCUCGAGAAGAUUUGCGAAAGCUUCCAGCCGGACACAACCCAUCCCGACUUCCGGCUGUGGCUCACCUCCUACCCGACGGAGCACUUCCCGGUGGUGGUGUUGCAGAACGGAAUCAAGAUUACCAAUGAGCCGCCGAAGGGGCUGCGCAUGAACGUGACGCGCUCGUUCAUGAGCGACCCGAUCUCGAACGUGGAGUGGUUCGAGGCGUGCAAGCAGCCGGCCAACUUUAAGAAGCUGCUGUUUAGCCUGUGCUUCUUCCACGGCAUCGUGCAGGAGCGGCGCCAGUUCGGGCCGAUCGGGUGGAACAUACCGUACGAGUUUAAUGAGACCGAUCUGAGCAUCAGCCUGACGCAGCUGCGGAUGUUUUUGGACGAGUACGAGGAGGUGCCGUAUGUGGCGCUGCGCUACCUGACGGGCGAGUGCAACUAUGGCGGGCGGGUGACGGACGAUUGGGAUCGGCGGUGUCUGAACACGAUACUGGGCCGGUUCUAUACGGCCGCGGUGGUGGAGGAUGCCGAUUACAUAUUUGACGAGGCGGGCCUGUACCCGGUGCCGGAGCUGAAGGAGCACGAAGAGUUCGUGACGUUCAUCCGGGAGCUGCCGAUCAUUGCCCGGCCGGGCGUGUUUGGGCUGCACGAGAAUGCGGACAUUAUCAAGGACCAGAAAGAGACGGACACACUGCUGGCCAGUGCACUUAAGACGCAGAACACAUCGACCGGUGUGUUCAAGGAGACGCCCGCCGAGCUGGUCAUUCGUGUGUCGACCGAUAUGUUGAAGCGCCUGCCGGCGGAAUUCGAUCGUGAAGCGGCACUGGAGAAGUAUCCUACCGAUUAUCAUCAGAGCAUGAACACGGUGCUGGUGCAGGAGAUGGUGCGGUUCAACAAUCUGCUCAUCUGCAUCCGGAGCAGCCUGCAGACGGCCCGGAAAGCGAUGCAGGGACUGGUCGCCAUGUCGCCCACCGUCGAGGAGGUGGUCAGUGCCGUACUGAUUGGCAAAAUUCCUUCCGUGUGGGCGAAACGAUCCUACCCUAGCCUGAAACCGCUUGGCUCGUACAUUGUGGACUUUAUCGCGCGGCUUGAAUUUCUCCAGCAGUGGUACGACGAAGGGCCGCCGGCCACCUUCUGGGUGUCCGGAUUUUUCUUCACCCAGGCGUUUCUAACCGGCGCUCAGCAAAACUUUGCCCGCAAGUACGUCAUACCGAUCGAUCUGCUCGUGUUCGACAACGAGGUGUUGCGCGAGACGGACAUUACCGAACCGCCGGAGGAUGGGGUGUACGUGUACGGACUGUUCCUGGAGGGGACCCGCUGGGACAGGGAGAAGGGCUAUCUGCAGGAGUCCAUUCCGCGGGUGCUUUUCGACACCGUGCCCUACAUCCUACUCAAACCGAUGAAGAAAGAUGACUUUGUACCACGGCACACGUACCGGUGUCCAGUUUACAAGACGGCGGAACGGCGCGGCACACUCUCGACGACCGGUCACAGUACAAACUUUGUCAUAGCGCUGCUGCUAAACUGUGAUCCGAACGUUAGGACGGACCACUGGGUUAUGCGCGGGGCGGCUAUGCUGUGUCAGCUUAGUCACUAACCGGUUUGACCUUCGUGGAUGGAAGUGGCACGGUAUACAUGGUACAAAUGAAGGUAUUUCCUAGCUUUUUUUUCUAUCCCCUCUUCCGUCAUUGCUUGGCGUGAGAAUGGUGGUGGAAUUUAAAUUAACGGGGAUUUUCCCAUCAAACUAUUACUGACGUAUUUUGGAAACGGCGUUUAAAUUCCAUAUUGAAAUUAAAAUAGUAUCAUCUACUACUUUUUGAAAUUUUUGUCACAUUCCCAAUAUU